AUGAACUUUGGGUUUCGUUUCAAAUAAACUAAGGUAAUUAAAUUCCCCAAAUCAAAUGUAUUAAAAAUAAGUAAAAAUAGAAUCAAACUCUGGUCAGUAUAGAGGAGGGUCGUAAAAAAUUGUUAAAUUUUUAACAAUAAGAUUGUUUAAAAGGAAAUCUUGAUGCCUGUUCAUAAAUGGAGAAAUAAUUGCUUGAAUAUUUGAUUCAUUUGGAUGAAAUUUUGAAAUAGCCUAUCCAAGAAGAAAUUACCUUCUUUUGGAAUGAUUCAUAUGAGCCUGUAAGUUAGAUAGAUAUAUUUUUAGAAUAAAUUUACAUAAUCAAAUUAAUGGCAUUAUGAAUAUGCAUGUCAAUUAUACAAUUUAGGCAUUAUUUAUUAUCACCAAUCCCAAAAUGCAUAACAUAUUAAAGAUUCUUUAACAAAAUGUCGAAACUAGCUUUGGUGUUAUUAAAAACUUUAAGAAGUAUUACCAUUUAUAAAUUCUAAAAUUGCUUAACAACAUUCAGAUCUCUCAAUUGUACAUAUUUGUAUGUUGAAUACUUAUGUAAUAAUUAAAUAUUCCACAUUUAGGCAUAAGCAUUUGGAUAUAAAAAGUUAUAUGAUCAUUUUAAAACAUAAAAAGGAAAUUAAGAAUAAUUAGAUAGUUUAACUUUUUUGUAGGAAGCUAAUAAAUUAUAUGAUGCUGCUAUAAGAUAUUUAAUAUAAUCAAAGUAAUGUAAUAAAAAAUAGAUUCCACCAUUGAUUUAUAAUUAAUUAUUAGAAAAGUUAACUAAUGAUAGCACAGUAUCAGAAGUUAUAUUAUAUAUUGAAUUGGGAAGAUUAAUGUAAGAAACAGCUAAAGAAUUUCCAAAAGAAUAAAGAAUGGGAAAAGCAAUAGCUUAUAUUAAUAAAGCUGAAUAAGCUAUAGUAGCAAUUUUCAAAAAAUUUAAAUAAAAAAAUGAAUUUCUAGUUACAUAAUAGUAAUUCAAUUUAUAUAUUAUAUUUAAGAUCUUAAAUUGCAAUUUUAAAGAAAGAGUAUAUCUAUUUGAAUGAUAAGAUAAAUAAGAAUCCUAUUGCAAAAGAAUAUGAAUUGUUACCUUUAACUUUGAAAUAAGAUAUGAUUAAGGCAAAGGCACCUGAAUUAUUUGAUUAGAAUAAUGAAUAAAAACAAAAACAAGCAGAUGAGAAGAAACUUGUAGUAUAAAAGUUAAUUGAUGAUAUAAAUUAAAAGAAGAUGUAGGCAAAUCAAAAAUUAGUAGAAUUCUAAAAUAAAUAUACAACCAUAUUCAAUUAAUAUAAUCUAUAAUUUAUGUUAGAUGCAUUUUAAAAUGCUGAAUAAUUGAAAUUAACUCCUUCAAUAUAAAUAAAAGUAGACUUCAUUAAGGAAAGAGGAGGUUGGAAAGGGUAUCAAUAAUAGAUUAAUAAAAUUCAUUAACUUUAAUAAGAAUAAGGAAGAUAAUUAAUAAAAAUUAAAACUUUAAUUGAUUAAUAAUCUUAAAUUGAAGGUAAUGUAGAAUAAUAGGAAUAGGGAAAGAAAUAAUUAAGUUAAUAAUAAGUUGAAGUUUUUAAAAGAGUGCUUGAUGGUAUUAAAUAAAUAUAUAAAUUAUAUAGAUGUUUAAAAGAGAUUACUUGAGGCAAGUUAUAUUAAUAAAAAUAAUGAGGAUUAAGUUUCAAAUGUGAGAGAUUAAUUAUUAUUUGUUGAAUAAAAUAAUAAUUAAAUGAUUAGUAGCAAAAUACAAACUUCUUUAUAGGAAUCAUAAAAGUUUUAUAAAAAGAAUAUAUAAAAUUUGAGAAAUUUAUCUUUAUCUAUUGAAAUAAUUAAUAAUAAAUUGGAACUUAUAAAACAAUAAUUAGCAAGUUUAGAAAAAUAUAUUGAUGAUUUGAGAUUAGAUAAAAGUAUUAACACUGGAUUAGAUUAAUUUAUUUAAUAAUAGGUUAUGAAAGUAAUAACCUAAAAGAUUAAUGAUUAUGAUGCAAUAGUAAUAUGCAUUUAAUUAUGAUAGUUCUAAUCAAUUAAUUUAAUUUAAUUAGAAGAAUCUUCAAAAUAAUUGACAGAACAAAAGUUAUUUAUGGCUAUAGCAAAUCAAGAUGAAGCAGAAUUUGAAAAUUCAUUAAACUAAAUUACAGAAGCCUUUCAAAAUUUAGAUUAUGGUUUAUAAUUUUAUGAGUAUAUAAUUUAUUGUAUUAUUUAGAUCAAUUUCCUUGUAAAUAGCAUAAAUUGCCACAGCUUUGUAAGAUCUAAUCAAUAGUAUUAAUCAAUGA